ACGAGUACCGUCUUAAUCUUCUUGAUCGUACGAAACGGCACACACAAGUCACCUUCAAUUUGCUCCGAAGAUAUCGACGGAGAUCUAGCUAGCUAGCUAUCGCAGUAGAAGGGGCCAGGAAUGGCCGGAGCUGUGGAGCGAGCUGUUGGGUGGCUGGGGAUGGGCUUCGACGUCACCUGCGACUUCCGGCCGGAGUACUGCCGGGGCAAGGAGAGGCUCGUAGCGUUAAACGAGGAAGAGAAGCGAGAGCUGGUGGUGCCGGGCUUCGGCUCGUGCAAGGACGUGCCGGCUGACAUAAACUGCGAUAAGGGCGACCGCAUCCGAUUCCAGUCGGACGUCCUCGAGUUUACUCAGAUGUCGGAGCUGUUCAACCACAGGAGCUCGAUAGCAGGGAAAAUCCCCUGCGGCCUCUUCAAUUACGCGUUCGGCUUCGAAGGGAGCACAUGGGCGCAGGAUGCGUCGAGCACCAAGUUCCUGGCCAUUGACGGCUCCUUCAUCACCCUCUUCGACCUCCGGAUCGAACGCCAACCUCUCACUCUCACCAAACGGGUCGUCCGAGCCGUCCCUUCGACUUGGGACCCCACUGCAAUCGCAAGGUUCAUUGCAGAGUUUGGCACGCACAUAAUAACAGGGUUAAGUGUGGGAGGGCAGGAUGUGGUCUACGUGAAGCAGGAUCAGUCCUCCACUCUCUCUCCGUCCGAGCUUAAGCUACACCUUGAUAAUCUCGGGGACCAGCUGUUCACCGGCGCAUGCACGCUCCCCCCGUUCCAUUGGAAAUCGAAACAGCAUCGGAUUAAGGUACCGGAGGCUUUCAACGUGUUUGAUCAGCCGGCCAAAUUUCUCAAGGGCGUUCCUGGCGUUUUCAGCAAAGAUGGCGUGACAGUAAUGUGCUGUAAGAGAGGAGGAGAUGCUUCGGCAAGCAGCCACGGCGAGUGGCUCCCCACCGUCCCUGCGACGCCCGACGUCAUCAAUUUCACCUUCGUCCCAAUCACCUCCCUGCUCAAGGGGCUCCCUGGCUGUGGUUUCCUAUCUCAUGCCAUCAACCUCUACCUCCGAUAUAAACCUCCUCUGCCAGAUUUGCGUUACUUUUUGGAUUUCCAGUGCCAUAAGCUUUGGGCUCCCAUGCACAAUGAUCUACCCCUUGGCACCAUCUCCAACAUGUCUAUUCCUAACCCUUCUCUUACGUUCAACCGUAUGGGCCCUAGGCUCUAUGUCAACACCAGUAAGGUUAUAGUGGGAAAGUUACCGGUGACGGGAAUGAGACUGCACCUUGAAGGCAAGAAAAACGAUAGGUUGGCCAUCCACCUGGAGCACCUCUCUCAAAGUCCUACGUUCAUCGGAGUUCAGUCCGGUUCGGCCAUCUUCUGGCGGUCGUCCGAUAUGAUUGUGGCCGCGGACGCCGAAAGGUACUUGGAGCCGGUGCAAUCAAAGAAGUUCACGCGCGUCUGCACAAUCCCGGUGAAGUACGAUCCUCUGUGGACGACCAGCGGCGGCGGAGGGACCUCGUUCAUCGUCACCGGAGCUCAACUCCACGUGAAAGCCGAGGAGUCCUCUAACGCGCUUCACCUCAGGCUGAUGUACGCCGAGGUGAGCGGUUGCGUCGUGUGUCGGUCGCAAUGGCGGCGAGGCCCGUCGGGGCUUUCUCAAAAAUCAAACUUUUUCUCGGCGAUGAGUGCCUCGCUUAAUUCCGGCGGCAUCGAGAAGGAGAAGGGGCCGCAUCGGGAAUUAGGAGAAGUGGUGGUGGACUCCGCCAUUUUCCCGAGUGGUCCGCCGGUGCCGGUGGCGGCCCAAAAGUUGCUCAAGUUCGUGGACACUACGCAACUAUGCCAGGGGCCUCAGCAUAGUCCCGGGCAUUGGCUAGUGACCGGUGCAAAGUUGAACGCGGAGAAGGGGAAGAUUAAGCUACACGUUAAGUUCUCGCUUCUCGCUUCGCUCAGGUGAAGGGCCAAGCUGCCCUUCUUCUUUGAUUUCUUCCUAAAUUUUCCACGAAUGGUGUAAGAUGUGAAAUUGUAUAGAAGAAGGAAAGGAAAACAAUGCCCUUUAUUUUUUGUGUAUUUUUUUCCUUCAUCUACCUUAGGGAUCAUAAUUUCCUCUU